AUGGACCCAAGACAGCCACCCCAACAUCCCUUCUCAAGAAAUACAAACACCGCCUCGCCAUAUCGGAACGGGCGCGCCCCUUUUCCCCCGUCCGCGAACCAGUCGCCGUUUCCUCCAGCGUCCCACCCCCCGAAUCCGACGCCUGCCCCUUCAUACUCUGAACACCACCGAAGACCUUCAGACCCUCCAUAUUAUACUGCCCAGCGAAGUUAUGCUCCAGAUGGGCCUCCGAUGUCAGGGCCAGGAUCCGGCCACUCCAGACAUCAGAGUGCCUCUUCUGUUGGCCACGGGACCCCAGUGAAUAGAGGGAUGCCUCCUCCGUCGUCUCCCCAGCAGGGCGCGUCGCAAACACCGCAUCACAGCUAUCCUCCCUCCGCUCCUCGCGGGGCCCCAGGAUCCGUGGGGCCUCCGUCGACAUUUCCUUCAAAUCGCGAACUGCCAGCGCUCCCUCCUCUGGGCAGCCGCUCACAAAGCAAUGGGAUGUCAAUAUCGUCCAUAUUAGGAGGGCCUCCACCGACAGCGCGCGAACCGCCCUCGGCAUCUCAAUACCAUGGCUCGCCGCCCAGUGGCACGUCGGCACCACCCGGCCCAGUAUAUCCUGGAACUUCGCAUGUUUCGCCGAGGAUGAGCACCGCAGGUUCGAAUUAUGCCCCGUUCCGACGACCUCAAACUCCAGAACACCCACAGUAUGAGACCAGAGUCAAUAGGGCAAAUUCGGCGUCGGCAGGUUCACCGCAGGGGAUGGGCCAUUACUCAACCCCAGAGGGCCGGCGAUUUGGAACACCACAAACGUAUUCACGUCCAGCGGUAGAAGAACGGCGUGAGCCGAUCCGUGUCCCAAACCCCAAUGCUAUACCGCCCCGGCCAAGUAGUCAACCUAGCUAUAGCCAACCCCAAGUUCAACCUCAAGCCCAACCUCAACCUCAACCUCGCUCACAGGAAACCCCGCGACCGGCAGCGCACAAUGAGAACAUCUUCGGCAGAAGGGUGGAUAACGUCGUUCGGCCGGCAGAACCACCUAGCAGAGCAGAGCCUUAUCAACGGCCUGCCUAUGAAGAAAGACAGAACCCUACGUAUGGCUAUGCUGAGAGAGAGAGGCAGGAGAGACAGGAGAGGGAGGCUGCUGCGAUACAGAGGGAACGGGAGCGAGAGAGGGAGCACCGAGAUCGAGCGUUGAGUGACCAUGCCGCCAAUGCGCACCAGGACUACGCCCAUCAGGUAGCCCAAAGAAAUCAACAACCUUACAAUCGUCCCCCUGAGCCACGAGAGCAGCCGGCGUGGAUGCGAUCCAACUACGAACCUCCCCGACCCGCAUACGAUCCACAGCCACCGCCAGAGCGACCGCCGCCACAACAAACCCAAGCUUCUAGUGCGUAUGAUUAUCCAACCACCAGCGCUCCUCAGUAUAGGGAACAUGCAGCUUAUGCGACGAACGAUCCGCGAUACCCCCCUACAUCACAACCUUCCUCUAUGCCUCCUCAGCAUACCGCGGCGCCCGCGUCACAGUAUGAGGUGUUGCAGGAAAGACAGCGGAUUCCGCCACAGCAUCAAACCCAGCAUCAGCAACCGCCGCAAUCAGCAUACGCCGUGGCUUCCCCAAGCGGUCCGUACCAACCACAUGAAUCUCCCGCUACCCGAAAUUUAGAAGAAUCACAACCGAUGCAACAGCAGCGUAGCUUCCUUGGAGUCCAAGAAUUCAAUCGAAAAGGUCGUGUCUCCCCUCUCCCCCAAGCAGUGCAGGGCGCUCAGGGCCAGAUUGGUGGGCCAGCUGGAGAGCCAGGAAUCAAGAGCGAAUUCGGAAGGAUGUUUUCUGGUAUUGGAAGUGGUGUUGGUAGCAUGGGAGUUCCAAGUCCCGUCACUGCUGGCCCCCAAUCUAUGCCAUUCUCUACUCCAGGUCAACCGCGUCCGGAAGAUGUAGAAAUGGGAAACCUAGAUUCACCAAUGGAGAGCGGAGCAACACAUAAGCCGCGCUCCUCUUCACGCGGUGGCAACCCUUCGAGAAGAAGGAAAUUGAAGGAAGAGGGCGGUAGGGCUGAUGAUGAGAGCAGUACUGGAAGACGUACCCCAAGUGGGAGAGGAAAGCGAUCAAAGACGCAUCAUCACCACCAUCACCAUCAUCAUCACCAUCACCCGGAACUCGCUAAGAAUACCUCUUCGCCCUCCCAAUCCAACAUGAUGCCUUUUAAGAAUAUCAAGGACACGAUACCAUCCCCUCCCGGCGCCGGGCCGAAGUCCACCCCUGGAACACAUCAUCAUCACGUGCCGAUCUCCAAAAAUUAUCAUAACCAUCACGUGACAAUUGCCAAGCCGACCGCCCCAAUAAAUACGAUUAUCCCACUUCCCAAGCGCACUAUCAAAUCCCAAGCUGUUCUUGACAGUGUCGCAGAUCGCCGGAGAAUUCAUCUUGGCCACGCAUACUAUCAGACUAAUCUAAGGCCUGGCGGAGAAGAAUCCAAGACUCGCGAAUCACCAACUCGGCGUGGGUUUGCUAGCACAGCACUACCCCUGCCCCGAUUUGAAGGAAAAGAAAACUGCACAUUCACGAUCAAAGUAUCCCGUGCCCAUCUCGUGGAUUCCAGCAGGGAAGAAAUCACAAAACGCCGUGGUGUAUGGGGUACAGAUAUAUACACCGAUGAUUCAGACAUCAUCGCAGCAUGUAUCCACGAAGGUUGGUUCCGGGGCGCAUGGCCCGAGUCCGUCGAUACGAGUUAUCUCGGUCUGGAAAUUGAGGAUGGCUCUGUAGAGAAGGGAGCCCCAAUUGAGGGUAUUAGGACUAAACCCCCCCGCACCGGUCCUGUUGUCGUUCCCAAGAACCACGAAGCCCACGUCACAGUCCUUAUCCUUCCUCCCAUGGAGAAAUACCAUAGUACCACCCGUUUCGGGAUUCGAAGUCGAGAAUGGGGCGGCAAACAUGGUGGAUAUCAAGGCGUACAUGAUGGCCUUUCCUUGAAAAUUAUGAGUGUUGAGUUCGUUGCUGGUGUUGAUGGGCAGGACGCCAGAAGUGGCGCUGCACGGAAAGCACUACUUCGAAUGCAGCUUAUGGCGCAGGAAGUGGAGGAGGAAGAAAAUGAGCAGCUAUCUCUGCCUGUUAGGCCGGGAAGGGAGGUGGAGGAUGAGAGUUUUGAGAGGGGAGGAGAGGGAAUUUGGAGCAUCGGGGAGAUUAAGGGGAUUGGUUCGAAGAGUUGGAACCGGCCGAAAUUAAGGAAGCCGGUUUCUAUUAUGAAGGGGGAUAAGGCAGCUGUGAAGGAUACCGAAAGCCCGGCAGAUGAGCCGGAUGUUGCAAAAGAGGUCGAAGGCGAUAUUGUGAAGGAGCCUGAGCCUGAGCCUGAGCCUGAGCCAGAGAAGGUAUCGCCCGAGGUCGAGAAAUUGUCACCCGAGGUCCCCCAGACAGAGAAUGAUGUCGUGGAGAAAGUCACACAGCGCAUGAUUGAGAACGCCAACGCACAUUCCCGCAAGAGACAAGCAGCGCUAGUGGAAGGUAAACCGGAAGAUGACACUAAGCCCGAGAUUCCAUCUGAGUCUCCGGUUGCCGCUGCGGUGGCCACAUGA